AAACAUGGCUCAUUCAGACAUAGUGCAUGAAACUUAUCACAUUUCUCAUAUUGCCGAGUGGUUUCAUGCCUUUCCUCAUGUUGAUAUUAGAUUUGCAUCAGUAAAUACAACAUUUGAUCCUAGCAAUAGUGCUUACUUAGAGGCAUUAGGAAUCAUCAUAGCAGUUCCUGGAUUUUAUCUGAUUUUAACUUUGUUAGCUUUUUUGAUAUUUUUUUUAUGCCGUUGUUGUGAUUCAAGCUUUAAAAGGAAAAGAAAGAUAACCCCCUUGAAAUGGACGCUUGGCUUUUUUGCUAUUCUUUGCUGCGGAGCUCUUGCUGUUGGGCUGUAUGGCAAUGAUACUGCUCACAAUGGUAUUGAAAAAGUUGAAUCUGCUACAAGAAAUAUUUCUGAAGUUAUCACGUCAGUGAAAAAUCAGUCUAAAAAAAUUGAAUCUUUGCUCAGUGAUGAUGUCAAACAAGAUUUACAAAAACUAGACGAUUUAUUCAAAGUUGUUCAGAAUGAAACUCUUCGCCUAUUUCUUGAAACUGGCCUUCAUCAUAUGGAAGACAAUGUCAGCACUAGUUUGGACAAAAUUCGUGAAAUUAAUCACAAAGUAGAUACUGUCCAUUUUCAGUCAUUUCCAGACAUUAUUGAUGAAGUUGAAUUUAUUAGAUGGCCUGCCACUAUUGGUCUGUUAUGUCUUCUGAUUGUUUUAUGCAUUACUGUGAUUUGGGGUGUAAUUAAGCAUUCAAGAUGUUUACUGAUAUUAUUUUCAGUAUUUGGAUUAUUGUCUGUAGUUGUGUGUUGGGUAUUAGUUUCUUUAUAUGUUGGAAUUUGUGUGGCUGGGUCUGACUUCUGCCUUGAUCCAGAACCAUUCCUGUAUCAACAAGCUAAUGGAGUUGUUGAAUCUGGCGUUUUAACUUACUACAUCCAUUGUGAUGAGAAGAUUCAAGAUCCAUUUAAUAAAGCAAUAUCUGAAGGUACCAAUUCUUUGAAAAAUGUGAAAGAUACUUUAAAGCAAAUAACUGAAGUGGCAUUGUUGGUAUUGCAUGACAAGAUUGAAGUAAUUGAGGAAACUCUGAAUCAUUUAAAUGAGCACAUCAAUCAGACUGGGACAUUGUUGGAUGGUAUCAUAAAUGUCCUAAAAUGUGAUUAUGUCAAUGGAGAGUACAGGACUGCUUUGGAAUCAGCUUGCACCGAUACACUUGAGGGUACUGCAUUUAUGUUGGUGUCUGCUGUUGGAAGUGGAUUAUUGUUUACUGUUCUUAUUUGGGUGGCAUCACAUACUUGGAUACAUAUAAGAAAAAAGCCUCCAGUGGAGCAUAUUGAUGAAGAAGAUCCAUUCCUCCCUCCAUCAUCUGCUAUGGUGAGCGCCAGGAGAAACCGUGAGACGUACGGAAGCACUGGUUUUCGACCUCGCUCAAGUCAUACCCCACCCCAGACCCCUUACUUCAAUACGUCUUUAAAUGGCCACACUGGAAGUCACGAUGGUCAUAAUUAUCUUCAUGGGCGAUAUACACCUCCUCCUGCUUAUGACCAGUUGUCUGGGGGACAUCUCAUGGGGCAUGUGGGAUCUAAAAUGCACUACCAGGCCUGAAUGUCCCUUCCUUCCCAGCCGGAUGCUGACCUCACCUGUGCCACCAAGUUCUAAGAUGGUUGGAGAGUCAUCAUUUCUACCUGGCAAAUGAAAUAGGAUCUUACCUUAUUUUUCUUGUUCAUAUCUGUUUCACUGAGUUCAAGAGGAGUUCACCCCCAGUGGAUGUGUCAGGAGCAGAAAACCAAAGUAGCUGUUACUCAGAGAUUCAUUUGUUUGGAGUUUUAGCAAGGUGAACAAUAGAAUAAGCCUUCUAUUUAUAAUAUCAGUGUCUUAUGGGUAAUAAGCUCAAAAUGGGUGCAUGCAACUUUAAUUUACGUAUUAGGCCAAUGUAAUAAUUUAUUUGGUCUUUGAUUUCUGUACUUUUAAAGAUUACAUGUGCAUUUGUUGCAUAUUUAUAGUAUAAUAGUCAGUCAGUGGGCACAGUGGUGCCUUUGUGAAAUAAUUUGUAUAUCUUAUUGAUAUAAGUAUUGAUGUUCAGCUUCUUAAUCAUGAUACUCCAAGACUAUCAAAAUUAGAGCAGGUAAGAUUUUAAGAAUAGUAUGUAAAGAAUCUUCAAAAAUGAGGAUUCUGGGAGAAAAUGGAAGUAUAACGUAUGGACUAAUGCAGUUAGCGUUUAAUAUUAUUAAAAGAAAUUAUCAAAUUUUCACAUACAGUAUGUAUUUUUCAUAUUUUAAUUGUGAAUAUAAUCUGAAUUAAGAGGUAAAAGUAUUUUGCAUUCUCCGCUGUAUUUUUCAGUAUGUCUUUGGGUAUCAUGCUACUUUUGAAAUUGUAUGUUUGAGUUGUAUAUUAUCAUCAGAUAAAUUGUUGAAUGUAUUAUGUUGCCCAUCUAAAAAAAUUAGAUAUUUGUGUGUGUAUUUAGAAAAAGAAAUUUUGCUAUAGCUGGAAUAAUUCUGUGCCAUUUUAAAAUUACAUUUUUUAUGCAUUCAUAAAUGCAAUGCUGUGUAGAAAGAUAUUGUUUUUAUGAAAUAUUGUAAGUUGUUUUGAAAAAUAUAUACUAUUGGCAUAAUGUCAUUUGCAAGUGGUGCUCAGUUGGUCACUGGGACUCAACCACAUUUUUUUAGAACUGUCUUCAAUUUUUUUGUAUAUUGAAUGUUGCACGUAGAUGAAUUAUAAAUAGCAGCAUGAAGCAGUGUCUUCUCUCCUUUCACUGCUCAAUGUAAAUAUAAUGUUUAGCAUUUAGAAUUUUGUUGUAUGAUUGACUAAAGUAAUGUCUAGAUGUCUAAUUAAAUUAUAAUCCUGUUGUACAUUAAAACCUUUUAUACGGCUCCAUCGUCCACAUCCUUUUUCUUAGCAUCAUUUACAUUCAAGCGAUGAUGUUCAUUGGAAUUAAGUUCAUUCAUGUGCUGAUCAAGUGUUUUUAUCUUGGCUGUUAAUGUGAUGAAAUAAAAAAAAAGAAAAAGGAAAAAAAAAAAAUUAAGUGACAUGUUUGUAAAAGUGUUGUCAGAUGUUUUAUCAUAAUAUUCAACUUUUAAAAGGAAAAUAAGUUAAAACCUGUUUAUAUACUGUUCCCGUAUCUCCUAGUGAUUUUGUUUAUGCUGAUUUGGAAUGGUGAAAAAAGAAAUGCAUAGUGUCAUUCAAAAUUAAAUUUGUAAUUUGCUCUGAAUUGAAUAUUCAUAUGUAGAUCUUAUGUAAUGAUAUUAAUUAUUUCUAAACAGAGAAAUUUAAUAAACUGCAUAUAUUGAAAAAUAAUUGGUUAUUAUGUUUUCGAUUAAUUUAUUUUGUUCAAAUGGACAUUAAGAUAUAAUUAUUUAGAGUUUAUGUUUAUCAUAAAAAAGUAUUCUACCUUACAUCAAUGUCAGUUUCAAAAUUAAGUAAAAAAAAAAGUGUAUUGGAUACACUAUAAUCGAUUCCUCAAAAUUAGCGAUAAAAAAAAAUAUUAUACUUUAUAUCAAUGUCAGUCGCAAAAUUAAGUGAAAAGUUAUUGGAUGGAAUAUUAUUUAUUCCUCAAAAUAUGCACAGCUUCUUUCAAAAUGGAUAUAGAUUUUUUUCUCCUAAAAUAAAUACUAAUUGAAGGUUGAAAUUUGCCUCUUACAUAUUAUUUUGCAACAAUUUUUACAUAUGAAUUUUUGGCAUUAUGUGUAAUGCAGAACGUAAAACAACUGCAUUAUUUCUGUACAACUACUUAAGUCUGGGAAUUUGUCAAAUGGCACACUAGGUAUAUCAGAAUGCUGUUGCUAAUUUUAGCAAUACUGGCAAGGGCCACCUUAUGGUUGCAUGUACUCAGAGGUAUGAUAAUAACUUUGUUUUUAAAAAAAAAGGUGUCUCAAAAUGAUGAUGCUUAAAUGUCUGAUAGGAAUAUAUAUAUAUAUAUAUAUAUAUACUGAUAGUAAUGGGUUGUAUGAUUUGUUAAGGGUAAAAAUAUUUUGAGCACACUUAAGUGCAAGAAAGAAUUAUCAAAGGCAUUUGUGUACUAUCCCUGUGUUUUAGAUAAAUCUUACUUUGCAAUAUAGGCCAUUUUCAGUAUAUGCUUAGUAUGUUCAUUUGCUAUCCCCUUUUUUAAAAAAAGUUUUAAGUCAGUUUUUAUUCAAAUUUCACAUGUAACAUGUUAAAAUAUAUAAAAGUAAAUAUACUAUGUGAGUAGUGUUUUGACCCUUUGAGUGGCAGAGCCUUUUGGAUCUGCUAAUGAAAAAUUGUAUUUAAACAACUUCUAUUAUCUGUAUUUGUAUCAUUACUUAUUCUAGUCUGUUACCAUUCUACACUAUCAUUUGUUAAGAUGAUAUUUUACAUAACUAAGAAAAUAAAAUAAGUUACUAUUAUGUACGUACUAAAGUGUAAAAAAAUCUCAUGGCUGAAUAAAGGCAAUUAUGCCAGUCAGAUUAAUAAAAGAAAAGGAAAAAAGAUAUGCAUUUUUUUAACAGAAUUGUGCUCAGAAUUGUAUGGAACAUAUUAAAAAGUACUAAAUUUAUGCAUAAUACUUAAAUAAAUGGUAACUGUUCCAGGUACUUUAAAAUUCUUCAUCAAAAAGUUACUCUGUUUAGCCAACAAAAUAUACAAAAAUGUCUUGUUUGGUUUAGAAGUCACUUUAGUAUGAAAUAUUGAAUUGCAGCUAUUCUACUUCAAGUAGGUUCAUAAAGAAUUAACACUAGAUGCAUUGCAAUAAUAAUUUGGUGAAUCGGUAAUCAAGCUGAGCAUAUUAUGAGAGAUCUUUUGGUUCAGUAUAGUUUUCUUUUCUUGGUUUUGUAGCUUAGAGAAUUUUAAAUAUUUUUUACCUUUCUCAUAUCACAAGAAAAAAAGAAACUUUAGAAAUGCAUUAUUUAAAUUGGUAUAAUGUUAAAUAUUUUAGACCUUCGUCAUAUCACCUCAAAGUAAGAAUUGUUUAUUUUUUUUUUUUUUUUUUUUUUUUUUUGUUUUGUUCAUAAAAUACUAACGAAUUCUUUUCCACAAUUCUAUAACAUUUUUUUACAACAAUUAAGAUUAUUUGAAGUGUGUUCAUUAUUAUUGCAAUACGGUUAUUAUUUUCACACACUUAAAAAUUACUGCCUUUGAAAGUAAUGAAAUUUCCUUUAUAGUGGAUAUUGUUACAUAUUUUAAAAUGUGCAGUACACUUUGUGAUGUUCUACUUAUGGAUUUGAAGAGGAAAAGCAUCAAUAUUAUGCAUAUGCUGUAUAGUUUUAAUUCAAAUUAUUGUUUUUGAACAUUAAAUUAAGUUGUGAGUCCCUCCCCCCUCUAUUUAUGUUAAAUUUUUCUUGUUGAAGAUACAAAAAGCAAUCUAUCAUAUGUGCUGUCAUCAUGUCUUGUGCAAGAACAUCAUAUUCAUCACCUUAUAACAGUUACAGAAAGUACAAACUUAAAUUCAUACUGAAUCAUUCACAGGAAUCUUUUACUAUAUAUAAUUGUAAUAGGCUUUUAUUAUUCUUGAUCUCAUUGUGACUUUUUACAUAAAUUCUAUCUAGUUAUUAUUACUGCUGAGCCUUGUGAAGUGAAAAGCUUGUGCCAAAGUAAAUUGCAAAUUUACAUUUUUGAAAGAGAUUGCUUUGAGCCAUGUUUUCAAGUGGCUUAAACAGUUUAACGUUAUAUGCUUAUUAUAAUGAUAUAACAGCAAACUUUAAGCAUGAACAUAUAUAUUAUUAACUUUUGAGCAUCUGAUUGAAUUCUGGUGGCUUAAUUUUAAAAAGAAAACAUAGUUAUUUGUGUGAUGCCCUUAUAAGUUCUUUGGUGUUUCUUACUGUAUUAAUAAGCUUUUUAAUAAACAUAAGAUUAAAGGUGAAAUAUAUAAGUAAAGAAGUAAAAAUACAUUAUUAUAUAUAUAUAUAUAUAUUUUAGCAUAUACAGUAACUUAAAAAAAAUUAUAUGUAACCAUGACAAAAAUAAUUAAUGUUAAUUUUGAAUAUUUGACUGUUUUUGUCAUAGUUAAAUUUAAGUAAAAAAUUUCUUUCUCUUGUAUUAGCAUUUCAUAGUUGUAAUUUUCUUUUUAAUAUUUGAAUUUUAUAUUCUUGUUUGAUAUGUUUGUUGAAUGUUUAGUAUAUGCCCUGGUGAGCGACCUGUGUCUACACCAUAAAAUGCUUUCCGAUUAAUUUGUUGCCUUUGACUGUGAUAGGUUUCUUUUAUUGUCUAUUUAUACCAUUUAUACCAUGAUAUCCUGAGUUAUUUUGUGUGUUUUGUAGUUUGUUAAUUUGUAUAAGUGGAUGUCAGUAUUUGUGUAUCCUGUACACUCUUGAAAUAUUCUUCAUAUCACAAUCCUGAACAUUUUUUAUAGAUAAAGUAGUAACAGCUAUGAAUUAAAGUAAUAUUUAACAAAGUAUAAAAUCUAGUGAAUUGUAAUGGCAUUUUAGUUAUUUUUAAAACAAACCUCUUUUGCACAUAAAUGCGCACAUAUUAAGUAGAUUGUAAUUCAUUGUAUAAUUUACAGUUAACUGUUAGUAGUCGUGUUUGACAUUAAAUUUUCAUUUUAUUAGAAGCUCAAUUUAUAAAACAAAUUGUUGAGUUUUGGUUUAAAUUCUUACCUACAAAAAUGUCAUAGUCAGCAACAUAUUUAAUGAUCUAAACAGUAAAGCUUGUACCUAUUUAAAAGCAUGAAACAUUAUUUACCUAUUAUGCUGUUUUGCAUCUAUUCCCCUUUUAAAAGUUACUGAAUUUUGUUUUUCUUAUCAAAAACAUGAGCAUACUUUAAAUUUUAAAAUUCUGUAUUUUUUAUGGAUUGUUGAGUGUGCAUAAUUAUACCAAACUGCAUUUUUUAACUCAGGUUAAUUUGAAGUAUUCCAUUUUAAAAGUUGACAUAUUUUUUUAAUCCUGAACCAUUCCUGAACUGAUUUCUGUAUAUUUAUAUUAACAUGUAUAAUCCUCUUUAUUUUUAAUCCAUAAUAUUAUGUAUUUGUUUUAAAUGUUCUAAUUUGAUAAUUUGGGGGAAGAGAUUUAUUUAUUCACAUGUAGUAUAUAUCUGCAUUACUUUGCUAUGACAUUGCUCCUGAUCCAUGUCUAAAGACUGAAUGAAAUGUAUCUUUUCCCCUCUUAAUCGUCCUUUACCAUUCCAUCAUUAAAAUGGAUAUGAUUGUAGCUAAAAAUCAUUAACAUUAAUGAUGUUUCAAAACAUAUAAAUAUGCUAUAAUUUGAAUGAUUUAUAAUUCAAGCAGUUGUUUAUAAAGGAACAUAUAUUUAUUAGUAAUGGUUUUUGUUAUUGAAGACUUAUUUCACAUAUUUAAAAUAGUAAAUGAAAAAUACUCAUCUAAUUAUAAUUGUGCAUUUAAUUGAAAAUAAGCCUAAUGAACAAAAUGUGUUUUUACUAUGCCUUUUUCUUACACAGACAGGUUUUUUUUUUAAUAGUGUAAGUUUGGAAUUUUAUGUGAAAAUUUUGCUUACUGUUCAUGUUUACAAUGUGUGUUUUUAUACUUUUUAUUAUAAAUUUCUUUAUUUUUAUAUUUAAGAUUCAAGCAGUUUUCAAAAAAAAAAUAAAUAAAUAAAGUGCAGUAUUUUAAACAUUUACUUCGUUUUGAAAUAAAACACUUAUUAAUUUUGUAAAUGAUAAAUGUAUGAAAAACAAGCAGAAAAUUUUUAAAAUUAUUAAUUGCAUAUGAAAUCUAAUAUGAUAAAUGAUAAACUUUUUAUAAAUGCGGUUUUCAUUUUGCAUAUAAUUUUUACCUCAUUGUAGACGAGUAUGUUAGUAUUUACAUGUAUUUUAUUUCAGUAGCAUUUUUGACCACUAUGAAAAAUAACCCCUUCUGAUAUUUGUCGCAUUGUGCAGCUGUUGCUCAUUUGCUGAGAUAUUGUAUGCAGCCUAUUCUUUUUUGUGAUAAAAAUCUAAAAAAUGAAACUUUUCCCCCCUCUU